UCAAACAUGCAUCCAUUCAUACCCUAAGCAGCUUAUCUAAUCAUCAAUUCGUCAAUUCAAUCAAGUAUCAGAAAUGAAUAUCAUACUGAUUGAUUAGCAUUUUCAAUUAUAUUAAUGUACUAUGUCUCGUUCUUCUUUGUAUGUCCCAAUGUCGGUCAUGGGUGGGAGUAUGUGUGCGAGCGAGAGUGCAUUAUGUCAUUGGCAAAUGUCGCACUUAUACCUCCCUUGCUCUAAUAUCACGAGACAUUCAGAGCUUAAAAUACCCAAAUUAUUAACAUCUCUCGUAUUAUAUCAUAGCAAUCACUUUACUGCCACAUCAUGUCCCAAGGAACUGCUGCUGUUGAUGCUAACGCUAAUACCGGCUUCUGGAAGGAACUCGACUCAUGGAAGACACCUGUAGCUAAAGAGGUCGGUCCUACAGUCGAGGUUGGAUCGAAGGCGCCCUGGUCUCAACACCUUCGCCUUCCAGAUGGAAAACCUACUCUCGUGGUAUUUCUCCGUCAUUGCGGAUGUCCCUUCGCUGAAAAAACAUUCAGAGCUCUCGCCGACCUAUCCGAUAAGUUCCCGGGGGUCCAUUGUGUCGCCAUAUCGCACUCUUCAGAGGAGGCAACGGAUAAAUGGCUGCCCCUGGUCGGUGGCACCUGGAACGUCGAUGUUGUAAUUGAUCAAGAGCGCGACUUGUAUGCCAAAUGGGGUCUCGGAAUCUCAUCAACGUGGCACGCCGUUAACCCUCUCACGCUGUGGAAUGUCUUCAGCCUUGGAAAGAAUGAGGGCAUCUGGAAUCGACCAACAGAGAGUGGCUCGCGGUGGCAGACGAGCGGUGCCUUUGCUGUUGAUCGCGACGGAACUAUUCGUUGGGUUCAUGUGGCGAGAACGGCUGAUGAUAUGCCGGAUCUCAAGGCUGCCAUGACUGCACUUGGACACCCACCUCCUGAGAAUAAGCGCCACUCUAAGCAUGAGCAUGAGUAGAACUCCUGAAGAGGCUGGGGUUAUCUUAGGGUGCAUAUAUACGACUCGAAAAGGGGGCUAUCAGGUAUCCAGACUAAGUAGCGUUCUCACCAGCCUUCACAAGAUAGGGACAGUCAAAGUGCAAU